UCUCCGCUCGCGUAACGCUCCCUGAGCCUGCAGCAGAGGCGGCGGGGCUGAGCCGCGGAGGGGAUGGAGCUGCCACCAGCCUCGGCUCUCUUCCCCACAGCCCCGGCAUCGCCUCCCCUUGCCCGGCCGCGCCACUCCUUAGGCCGCGCAGGGUGAUUCCCGAGCGCGGGUGAGCAACAUCUCACCCUGGACUGGAGAAGAGGGCGGGCCAGGACCAAGGCACGAGGACUCCUCGCGUCCCGGGCGACCUGCGAGUCUCCCGAGCGCUGGGAGACCCCGAUCCGAUCGAAGCUACGUGCGCCCCUCCUCGUCCCCCGGGGCGGGGAAUCGGUUCGAGGCUAGGCGGCUGGGCCCCGGGUGCCCGGGUAGCCAAUGGCGGGCAGCGAUGUGGCGAGUGAGGGGCCAUCACCGAGGGACGGCGCGACCCGGAGACCCGGGGCCACCGGCGGACUGCGUAGCCAGGCGGCCGCCAGCUGCCCUGAGCCGCUGUCCGCUGCUGAAGCUCCGGCCGAGCGCGGCGCGCUGCCCGCCUGGAUGCGCCUCUACUUCUACGGGAUGCACGGCAUCACCCUGGACGUGCUGGUAUCCUCUGCCAGGCGCUUCGCCCGCAGCCUGGAUCUGCGGAUGCUGGGUUUCUCUUCACCCUACCGCUGCCUCCUGCACUCGCUCACCCACUUCGCCCUGGAGCAGCUCUACCUGCAGCGGCCGCGCUGCCCCAGCGCCUUCCUCUUCAAUUUCCUGCUUUACCCCUCUGCGCACGUCGGGCUGCAGACCCUGGCUGGCCAGGCGCUACGGCUCAGCCUAGGCGGCGGGCCGGGGGGCGCGGCAGCGCCGGCGCUGGGGGCGCUCGACCUGGCGCUGCAGUACGUGCUCGCGCUCUACCACGGCCAAGUGUUCCUGAAGCGCUUCUUGUGUUUGCGGUACCCGCGGCGGCGCGACCAGCACACCAGGGACACGCUACCCGCAGCCCGGGACGCCCAGAUCCUUUGGGAGGCUGGUGGCCAGCGACGAGGACCGGGUGGCGCAAGGGGCACAGAACGAUCUCCUACCCAGGGACUGCCCGACCUCCUCCGCUUCCUUUUCUUCGGAAUGCAUGGCUUUCUGGAUGAGAUCUUCUUCACCUUCUUCUUCAAUGUGCUGGGGCAGGGGGACAGGGCCAGCAGUGGCCACACAUCCCUCUGGUCUUUCUUCAUGUACGGAAGUUGUAGUUUCGUGGUGGAAAAACUCUACUUCCACCUUCACUACAGCCGUGGCUGGGGCACGUGGAAGCGGGUGCCCAUCUAUGUGAUCUUCAUCUAUGCGUGGGAGUUUUCCUGGGGUCUGGGACUUCGAAUGUGCGGGGCCUGUUCCUGGGACUAUUCUCACUAUCCUCUUAAUUUCAUGGGCCUCAUCACCUUGAUGUAUUUACCUGGCUGGCUAUUUCUUAGUGUGUACCAGGACCUCCUGUCCAACGUGUUGUGGCGGGUGCAGUAUGUCCCAACGAACUAAGAUUAGAGGGGACAAAAAAGGAAGUAUUGGAAUCUGAAAAGCGAUGCAAUUUAUUUUUACACAUUUUAAACAAGGUGGUUUUGCUUUCUGUCUUUUAAGUUUUAUACACUUUACCAAACUCUGCCAAUAUGUGCUUGACAUUUUAGUUGUCUGCACUGCUUGGAAUCUCUAUGUAAAGUUCAGUACUUUGAAAUGUUACUCAAAAAUAACUCAGAAUAUUUAACUCAUCAACAAUUUAAACUUUACGAGGCCAAACAGCAAAACCACUGGACCUUAACAUCAGGAACGGGUAGUAGUCACUUGACCUCGGUGAGUGAUAGCUACGUGUUUUUCUGUUCCUUCAUGGAAGUUUUCAGACCAGAGAACAGUGACUUCUACAAGUUUCUGAUGUAAUGAUCUGUUGGCUUUCCUUUCAAUGCAGUUUCCUUUUACCUUCUUGCUAUGUUUACCAGUGGUGGCUGAAACUCCGUGUCUUGUCCUUCAGAAACUCUAGUCCACAGCUAUAAAAGUGCCUCUGUCCAGCGUGCAGAUGAGAGGAAGCUGGCAAGUGGGAAAACAUCCCGUGAACUCAUUUUGACAUGAGGAAGUCUUUCCUGUGAACCCCAACAGGUGACACUGUGUUGAGAUAUUUGAUCACCAUCUUGGAAAUGAUCGCUUUCCAAUGUUGGCUAGCCUUAAACACAAUGCGUGUUAACAUUAAUCAGACCAUGGUGUUAUCAAAACUUUUGUAACUGUGCAAUAACUUUCCUGUUUACCCUAUAGAUCCCAGGGCCGAAUGAAAUUAGACCACCUUCAAUCAUGUUCUAACUCUAAGGACCCUUUUCUACACAGAGUUUCAAAUAUAGAAACAGUACUUUGGAAUAAAAUGAAUCUGAAUUCUCCCUCUAAUUACAUCAGGCCUAAUUGGUUUCUCUACUUACUGAUGGGGUUUUAUCCAUAUUUCUCCCACAGUCUGCCUUCUCUCUCUCUCUCUUUUUUUUUUUUUUUCUUUCAGACCCAGAAUUUGGUGUCAGGCUGAUGCAGUAAUGCACAGUAUUAAUCCAUGAUAGCUUUUUGACAGCUUAUGAUUAAUUAAUGUCUAAAAGCUUCAAAGUUAAAUGAGAUGAUGGAAGCCACUCUAAGAAAUGAUAUCUAAUUGAUUAAUAAUGUACUCUGAGGGUGUUUGUUGUUUUAUUGUAUUCAGGACCGAGCAAGUAGGACCGAGAGCAGCUCAGCCAAGGAUGAAUAAUAACCUCUCAGCUUUCAGUACAAAGAUAAUCAGGAAAACUUAGAAAGUUUCUUAAUGAGUUUAAAUCUUCCUCUUGCCUGUGCUGUAAAAAGGGAUGUUUUUGUUUCAAGAGAAAAAAAAAUGUUGCUAUGAAAAUAGAAAAGAAUGUGUAUUUUACAUGUGAUGUGAGACACAGUUCUGACAGUGUUAUAUCCACCUAUCCCCUGCGCUAAAUUAUAAGUAUUGCUAUAUAGUCAACUGCACCUGUGAGAUGGAUGAUGGCCAACUAAUUCUUUUCAUUGGCCAAAAUUUAAAAGGCUUUAUGUCUGCCAAAGGUUUCUCAUAAGUUGUUUGGUUUUUGUUGUUGUUGUUGUUGUUGAUGUUGGUUUUUUGGGGGGUGGGGGUGGUUUUGUUUGUUUGUUUGUUUUGUUUUGUUCUUAUGACAGUUUGUCACAGGUUUAAGGUUUCUGAAAAUGCUUGAGGGAAAAAUAUCUAGGUAGAUGCCUAGACACUGGGCAAGGUAUUUGUACUUCAAACAUGACACGUGCAUGGGAGUCUGAGUUUAGUGUAUCACGGCUACACAUCCCACAUUCCUGGGAAGGUUGGUCGAGUCAGCCCCAUGGCUACUGAAAUGCUUAUUAAAUUAUCCGCACUCACUUCCUCCCUCUGCUGCAUUCAGAGCUACAGAGGAGCCCACUAGCCUUCUCUGACUGAAAAACCCCGUGUAGGGACACACGCCAUUUCAGUCUCCUUUUAAUAUUACUCCUAUCAGAAGGACAGAGCAAAGUUUUCACUCAUUAAACUUAUUUAAGUUUAAUGAUUGGUCUUGGUGUUGUUCAAGACUGUUGGUGUUGGUGACCGGUAGUUGGAGUUGUAACUCUCAUCAGUCCUGUCCCAGGAAUACUAUGAUCUAUAAUUCUUAAAAAUUAACCCAAUUACCAGCCCCUCUGCCAGUUCUGCAGAUUGCUAGUUGUGUAUUCAGGAAACGAUUAACCUGCCUGGUAACUCAGUGUGCUGUUUUAGGGCUUCUCAUUUCGUGUUUGCUCCACUUCUUAAAGGAGACUUUUUGCUAUGAUCUUUGAACCUUCAGGAAAAGAAAAACAUCAGAUCAUUUAACUUUGUUAUUAUUAAUAGUUUAGAGAUGGAAAUGAUAAGACAGUAUGAUAGUUAAUAUUUAAAAAGCAUUUGCUAUCUGACAAAACUUCCCUAAAGUGUUUAUGUAUAUGUAUUAUAUAGAUAUCAAAUUGAGAACACAUUCUUAUAUACUAUGCCUUAAGUGAAUAUACAUACAGUAUAUAUUUUAAGUACAUAUUCAUAUAUGUGUAUAUAUUCACUUAAACUUACAAUAACCCUGAUUUUAUAGAUGAAGGCAAUAAAACUAAAGCCCAAAUAGAUUCAAUAACUACCCAAGAUACAUAGCUUUUGAGCAUAUAUUUGAAUUAAUGGAUGCUGGACUCCUCAGUUUGUUUUUAACAGCAGCUUGAUUGUGCCUCGGUCUAAUGGCCUCAGUGAUUUAGAUCUUGUCUGGACUGCACUUCCCUUGACUGUUAGAGAUGCACAGACAACUGUAUAGACAGCAGAUGUUGUUGUUGCAAAAGAUUCAUGUUGCUCCUUUAGUAUAAGGUACAUAACAAAUUAAUUAAUAUCAGGAUAAAUAACUGACAAUCAGCCUUCUUUUACAUUUAAAUAUAAUGCCUUUAUAUUUAAUCAGUGCUCUGAAAGGAAGCUCAUCCUAUAAGCUAAAAUUAUCCACAACAUAUAAAUGUAAAACUAAUAUGCUAAGAAGCAAAGUAGGUCAUAUCACAAGGUAUGAAUACACAUAAAAUUAAUCACUGUUAUACAUUAAAUAUUAUACUUAAAGCAGAUAUCAUUGUAAGAACUAAACACACUCAAACUGAGAACAGUGUUAGCCAACUGUGGUAGCACACCACCCUAAUCCUCGUACUGAAGCUACUGCGGCAGGAGGAUUGCAGGUUUGAGGUCACUGUAGGGCACAUAAGGAUAUCCUGCCUUUUAAAAGGACCCAUUUUUAAAAAGACAUUUAUUCAGAGUUCUGCUGAGAAAAUACACUCUUAAUGGGAAAACAUAAAAGGAACAAGUGUGCUUAAUAUAUACAAUGUUGAGCUUUCUUUUUAGAAGUACUUGACAUUUUAAAUCAAUUCUAUUAAUUUCUGUGAAUCUAAAGAGGAAUAUAAGCUCUUGAAUUUUGAUGUUAACAAUAGAUACAGAAGUCCGGAUAUCAAAGAGAAACCCCAAUAAAGUUGCUAAACACAUUGCAUUACUUCAAGCA